AUGACUGACACAGGCGCUCAUCAAGGCGUCAAGAGUCUCCUCGCGAGAUUCGAAAACAGCCAACAAACAGUUUCCUCCCCGCCACCACGAGAUAGAUCCCCCGCCGGUUCGGAAAACCUGUCGAAGGUGCGCGCAAGCUUCAUUGCUGUUGAGGGAGGAACGCCGUCGAGCCCCGUUCUGGGACUGAGGCGCACAGAUGGAAAUACCGAUAGCCCUCUUCCCCCGCCAAGGAUGAAGAGUUUCAGCUCGGAGGAUCUUGAGGGCAGCGUGAAGAGCAAUGGAUCGUCGCCUCCACCGACAAACGGCGUCGGUAGCGCGCCGAAAGUGAACGAGCCGGAGAAAAAAGAGGUUGUCGCUGAGAUCGUUGACACGAAGGGGAAACAGAAGGCGGUUGAGGAGGUAUCAUUGGCAAAUAAGGAAAACCAGCCUAUCGCGAAACCGACAACGGCCGCUCCAGGUUUAUCAGCUACGAGACCGGGUAGAACAGUCGCAAAAAAGCCGUCAAAUGUGCAUAUCGGCAAGACGGCUUCAACUACCAAACCUGCCUCGCAAGCACCAAGUUCCAAGGCACCAGGGCAACCACGCACGCCGACCUCCGCUUCCAAGCCUGACAGUGAAAAGCCCACCAGAGCAACACGCACGUCCAAGCCUUCUACGACUACCACACUGAAGACUGAUGCACCGAAGGCCCCGGUCCACAAACCGAGCCGGACGUCCCUAGCUACGGCAGCCAAACCAUCAGCACGUCCGUCUCGUUCAUCGACACCGGCUCGUGAAGUCGCAAAAUCAGCAACUCGUUCCAGCGACGUCCGAUCUUCAUCCACGGCGAGACCGGCUCGCCUUCCAGCCUCAACAACAGCGCCCAAUCUAUCAUCAUCAAGAUUGAGCACUACUGGUGGAACUACCUCCAGUCUGUCUCGCAAGCCUUCCAGUCUGAAGGGUGCUACUGCUACAACUCGCCAACGCGCAAUUACCCCAACUGCUUCCAGUGUUCGCAAGCAGCCAUCCCGGAGCCCACCACAAUCAGGCGAUCGUUCUAGCUCCCGCAUGAGUACUACAAAACCCGUCGACGAGUCAUUCCUAGCAAGGAUGAUGCGCCCUACAGCAAGCUCGGCCAACAAAGCACACGAAAAGAUUGAGGUUAAGAGUCCUCCUCGGGCGAAAGUGACGCGAGCUCCUAGGAGGGCCCCUUCAAAGCUAGACACUCGCUCCAACAGAUCCGCGAAAGACAAAGCUUCGCCUAUUUCACCGCAGGAGCCGAAGAAGGAGCCACAGCCAGUGGCCGAGCCAACCGAAGCACACCCUAAAGACGUAGAACCGGAGACUGAACCAGUAAAAGAUGUCACUGAGCAGCCCACGCCAACAGUUUCAAAACCGUCUUCGAGCCGAUCUCUGGAGCCUGCGAUUGAGAUCGAGGAGUCGCGUGAACAGCCAGCCGUAGAGACCCCAGAAUCCACUGGUGAGCCUACUACUGAGCCUGCUACCGAGCCUGCCGAGACUCACGACGCUGAGCUGAAGGAUACCUCUCCCAUUCAACCUGAAAAGACUGCGACGGAGUCUGCUUCUGAACCAACAGCUUCUCUUGAAGCUGAGGAGAAGGUGGAGCCUGUCAAAGCUCUUGAUGAGCCAACCCCAGAAGCUUCCGCGGCAGAAGUGUCAGCUCCGACUGAACCGGCUACAGACCAGGCAACUGAACCAGCCAAACCCGAUGUUGAAGUCGUCGAGACCGUCAAGUCCACCGAGCCUGAGGUCGUUGCUGUUCCACAAGAGCUAGAACCAGAAGCUCCCACCGAAGCCCCUCUCGAAACUGAGCCUACAACCACCGAACUGAAGCCGGACGAAGUCGACAUUGACCUCAGCAAGCUGACACUGAACGACAAAGACGCAGUAAACUAG